GAUCGAAGAUUCGGCCUUGUAGGGUCGUCUUCACUGUUAAAGUUCUGAAGCUUCACCUCGAGACCUCGAAUCGAAGAUGGAGUGGAAGGAGGAAGGCGAGAAACGUCCUCUAAGCCAGCGGCCGGAAUGGUCGGACGUCACUCCGGUCCCGCAAGACGACGGUCCGAAUCCGGUAGUCCCCAUCGCCUACAAGGACGACUUCACUGAAACCAUGGACUACUUCCGAGCCGUCUACUUUGCUGACGAACGAUCUCUCCGUUCUCUUCACGUUACCGCCGAAGCCAUCCACAUGAACGCCGGCAAUUACACGGUAUGGCAUUUUAGGCGCCUAAUACUUGAGGCACUUAAUGCUGACUUGCAUGAGGAACUGAAUUUCAUCAAAAAGGUGGCCAAUGGUAACCCCAAAAACUACCAGAUAUGGCAUCAUCGGCGCUGGGUUGCUGAGAAAUUGGGAAGUGAUGCUACGAGUAAGGAACUUGACUUCACUAAGAAGAUACUCUCCCUUGAUGCUAAAAAUUACCAUGCAUGGUCCCAUAGGCAGUGGGUUCUUCAGGAACUAGGAGGAUGGGAAGAUGAACUUGCCUAUUGUAAGCAGCUCCUUGAAGAUGACAUUUUUAACAAUUCUGCUUGGAAUCAGAGAUAUUUUGUUAUAACAAAAUCUCCCUUCCUGGGAGGCCUGGAAGCCAUGAGAGAGUCUGAAGUGAAUUACACUGUUGGAGCCAUUAUAGCCAAACCUGAAAAUGAAAGCCCAUGGAGAUACCUCCGAGGCCUUUAUAAAGAUGACGCCCAAUCUUGGGUAAAUGAUCCUCAAGUCUCGUCUGUGUGUUUGACGGUUUUGAGUGCCAAACGAAACACAGUGUUUGCCCUGAGCACACUGUUGGAUCUUCUGUGUCAUGGUUUCCAACCAAGCCAAGACUUCAUCAAUGCCGUGGACGCACUGAAGACCCCAGACUUGGAUCAGUCUGAUUCCAACUUGGCAACAGCGGUCUGUUCAGUCUUGGGACACAUGGAUCCAAUGAGGGUAAACUAUUGGGCAUGGCGCAAGAACAAGCUCCCUGCUCAAACAGCUUAGGAUCAGGGCAGGCAAAGGAUGUGCUGUGAUUGUGAUUUUCCCCUAUCCCUUGAUGUGCUGUUUUGGCCAUCUAAGUUCUCGUGGUCUGUAUGUUGUAUGAGUUUACAAACCCAACUCCAUGCUGAGCAACUCCAUGCUGAGCAAUAAUUGCCAUCUAUCUGGAACAUCAACAGCUUAUGUUUACUCUUGUUUCAACUACUGACACAUUUUUACCAGGGCAUGUUUUUGUCAUCA